CACAUUGCACUACAUCAUCCUCCAUAAACAUCUUUUUUCUGCCUCCUUCAACUUAAGCUGAAUUUCAUCCUCAACCUAGAGUCUGAACAUGGCUAUUAGUAUGGGGCACAUUCUCCGUGGUAAACAAGGCCUAAGAAGGUCUUCUUCAAGAAUAAACAGAGAAAGUGAGGUUCCUAAGGGACACUUUGCAGUUUAUGUAGGCGAGGGCGAGAAGAAGAGAUUUGUCAUUCCAAUUUCAUACUUGAAGGACCAUUCAUUCCAAAACUUGCUAAGUCAAUCCGAAGAAGAAUUCGGGUUUGAUCAUCCAAUGGGUGGGCUUACAAUUCCUUGUCCGGAGGACACCUUCCUUGACAUCAUCUCUAGCAUUGUGUAGGUAUUGACAGAGAGUACAUGCAGCUCAGUUUAUUUUAGUCAGCGGGAUAGCUUUGGAGCUUAAAGUAUACUGCAUUCUUUUUUUUGUUUCCUGAUCAAAUUGGGAAAUAAUAUUUUUUUCAAUUUUUUUAAAAAUGGUCAUGUAUCUACUUAUUACUUGACCCAGUUAUUCAAGGUUUUUCCUAGUUCAUAUAUGGAAAGAAAGAUUAUCAGUUAAAGGCAUUUUCAUCCUAUGUAGCUAUGACACUGAGUUGUGUGCAAAGUUUAUGUUUAUAAAGCAUACCCUGUAUAUAUUUAUAGGUCUUACCUUUCAUGAAAGAAAUUCAAGAUAUGUUC